AUGGCGGCCGUUGGCAUCUGGUCACAGGCCGGAACAGGAAGCGGAGGACAAGAAACCCAACUCCCGCCCGAGAUACUCCACGACUAUAACUGGCAGUCCCUACCCAAGUUGAGCAGCGAGGACGCAACGGGCGGCUGCGAGGCGGCCCUCAGCGGUGCGGGCCUGGUGUCGCCGUCUGGAGGCGCGGGCGGCGGCGGUGGCAACUUCGAGCCCAUCCCACACGAGCACGACCUGUGCGAGCGGGUCGUGAUCAACGUGAGCGGCCUGCGGUUCGAGACGCAGCUGCGCACCCUGCACCAGUUCCCGGACACGCUGCUGGGCGACCCCGGGCGUCGGCUGCGCUACUUCGACCCGCUGCGCAACGAGUACUUCUUCGACCGGAACCGGCCGAGCUUCGACGCCAUCCUGUACUACUACCAGAGCGGCGGGCGUCUGCGCAGGCCCGUCAACGUGCCGCUGGACGUGUUUGCCGAGGAGAUCAAGUUCUACGAGCUGGGCGAAGGGACGUUCAACAAAUUCCGCGAGGACGAGGGCUUCAUCAAGGAGGAGGAGCGUCCGCUGCCCGGGCGCGACCUUCAACGACGCGUGUGGCUCCUCUUCGAGUACCCGGAGUCGUCGCAGGCGGCGCGCGUGGUGGCCAUCGUGUCGGUGGUGGUCAUCCUGCUGUCCAUCGUCAUCUUCUGCCUGGAGACGCUGCCGGAGUUCAAGCACUACCGCAUGUAUCCGGCGGGCAACAACAUGACGAGAGUGGUGGAGGACGAAGUGCCCAAGCUCACCGAGCCGUUCUUCCUCAUCGAGACGUGCUGCAUCGUGUGGUUCACCUUCGAGCUAUUCGUGCGCUUCUGCGCCUGCCCGUGCAAGAUUGCCUUCUUCAAGGACGUGAUGAACAGCAUCGACCUUGUGGCUAUCAUCCCGUACUUCAUCACGCUGGGCACGGUGAUCGCCCGCGAGCGCGAGGGCCCGGGCUUUCUGCCCCCAGACAAGAGCUCGAACCAGGCCAUGAGCCUGGCCAUCCUGCGAGUGAUCCGCCUGGUGCGUGUGUUCCGCAUCUUCAAGCUAUCGCGCCACUCCAAGGGGCUCCAGAUCCUGGGGCGCACGCUGCGGGCCAGCAUGCGCGAGCUGGGGCUCCUCAUCUUCUUCCUCUUCAUCGGCGUGAUUCUGUUCUCGUCGGCCGUGUACUAUGCCGAGGCGGACUCGGACCGCUCCUACUUCAAGAGCAUCCCGGACGCCUUCUGGUGGGCCGUGGUCACCAUGACCACCGUGGGCUACGGGGACAUGCGCCCCGUCGGCGUCUGGGGCAAGAUCGUCGGCUCGCUGUGCGCCAUCGCGGGCGUGCUAACCAUCGCGCUGCCCGUGCCGGUCAUCGUGUCCAACUUCAACUACUUCUACCACCGGGAGACCGACCAGGAGGAGAUGCAGUCGCAGAGCUUCAACCACGUCACUAGCUGCCCCUACCUGCCCGGCACCGUGGUGGCCGCCAAGCUGAAAGGGGACUCGGACUCGGCAGACUCCGACGUGCUCGAGCUCGACGACGACGCCGUCGCGGCGGCCGCCCUGUUCGCCAACCCGGCGCCCGGCCAGGCCAACGGCGCUGCCUCGCUCGAGACCGACGUCUGA